CCCACCGGCCCUGCUCUCUUGCGCUCUGUCACUCUCCCUCCUUUCCCUCCUCUCUUCCCAUCUCUCCUCUCUUUGGUCGCAUCAGAUCCUGUCUCAUACGGCACAUCCGGCUCUUCCCAUCGAUCAAUGUGUAAUCCCUCCACUGCGGCACUGUUAUUCCUCCGCCCCCAAUCCAACAGUGCUUGUGCUGAGCAACGGACAUUUUCUUUGUAUCAAGUGGCAAAGUGCCAUCUGCCUUGUUAUGUGAGAUGUGACCCAACGUUCAACUCCAAUAUGCGUGAUCAACAUCUAGCAUGUCCUGCUAGAUCGCCCAUUAUUGCGAGCGCUAGAAAAAGAGAGGAUUUGCGUGUUUGCGGGCUGUCCUUGAUCCCAUCCCCUCACCCCCCACAAGCAAGGCAAGCAGAACAAGACAAGAAGUACUCCGUACUCCGUACUACUAUUACUACUAAUCACCACUACGACGACUACGAAUAUACUACCACGGCCAUUGUUGUGACUGCUACUCGUUGUGUUGGUACUCGUAGGAAGGUUGGAAGAGAUGACACCAACGACGUUCGGCUCCUCGACUGCCAUUCGCUAAAGGGUCGGCUGGGUUCUGGUCUGGUCUGAUCUCGGACCAAAUCAUUGGUACACUUAGCCGGCUGCCCUUAGCCUUUUUUUGACGUCAAUCCACCACCUUCGUCCAACAU